CCCCAUACUCCCAGCAUGCACCGCGCCAGCUAUGCAAAUGACCCUGCUCCGCCCGCCAAUGAGUGUCGCCGGGCGGCGAGCCCCGUGUGUGUCUCACAUAGUACCAUGCGCGCCUACCUGCUAGGGGCGGGGCUCCGGCUCCUCCACGCCCGCGACCGGCCAGGGCAGGGGACGGGGCUAAUGCAAAUGAGCGAUAUGCAAAUGAGGAUGGGCUGCGCGAGAGUUCGGUUCCCGGAACGUUGCCUGGAGCGUGGGCGGGUGGGAGCCGCCGCUCCCAGGAUGAGGCGGAAGCAGAGGGCAACCGAGGCAGGGGGCGCGGGCCUGGCACUGGAGCUGCGCUGGGAGUGGCAGGACUCCGGCGGCACCUGGCAUCGCUUUGUGCCUGAGCAGAGCGAGGUGCUGACACAGGCAGCCAGGGCAGGGAAGCCCAGCGUGGCUGUGGGUUCCCGCGUGGACCUGCGGCGGAUGGUGCAGCGGGAUGGACAGACGGGGCAGGACAGAUGUGUGGCAGCCGCUGUCCAGGACCAGGACUCCUAUUUCGUGUGGUGCUGGCAGGGGGACGAAGAGGGGCAGUGGCUGCCCUACCCUGCUGAUACCUGCCUGGCGCUGGAGCGAGCGCGGCGCGGCGACGGGGGGCCCAGCCUAGAGGUGACGUUCAGUCGGACCCGCUACACAUUGGACACGGCACAGAUGACCCAGACCAACAUCAGAACUGGGUACCAGCGCCGGAUGGAGCGGAGGGAGUCAGACGCUGUGGAUGAUGAUGGGGGAUCUGAGCCCAGCUCCGUCCCUGGCUCCUCGUCCCCCCAAGGGCCCCCAGCGCCGAAGAGACCCCGGGAUGGGGGGGCCAGCCCCAACCCCGGAGCCAGGGGAGAGAGCACAGAGGUCAUCAAGACCCUGAUUGUGAAGGGGAAGGCGCCGGUGGAUCCCGAGUGCUUGGCUAAACUGGGGAAGGCCCACGUUUACUGUGAAGGGGACGACGUCUACGACGUGAUGCUCAACCAGACCAACCUCCAGUUCAACAACAACAAGUUCUACGUCCUACAGCUGCUGGAGGACGAUGGGCCGCAGAGCUACAGCGUCUGGACGCGCUGGGGGCGCGUGGGGCGGCCAGGCCAGCACGCGCUGGUGUCCUGCGCUGGGGACCUUGCCCAGGCCAAGGAGAUCUUCACUAAGAAGUUCUUAGACAAGACCAAAAACCACUGGGCCGAGCGGUGCAACUUCCAGAAAGUGCCUGGCAAGUACGACCUGCUGCACAUGGACAGCCGGCCCCCCGCCGCAGAGCUGAGCUGCGCGGGGGCCUCCCAGCCCAAACCAGCCUCACGACUGGACCCCCGAGUGCAAGCGCUGCUGGGGCUGAUCUGCGACCUGCAGGCCAUGGAGGAGAUGGUGCUGGAAAUGAAGUAUGACACCAAGAAGGCUCCUCUCGGGAAGCUGACGGUGGAGCAGAUCCGUGCUGGGUUCCAGUCACUGCAGAAGGUGGAGGCGGUUCUGCGGGCCGGGGACACUGGACGGGCCCUGCUGGAAGCCUGCAACGAGUUCUACACCCGUGUGCCCCAUGACUUUGGGCUUCGGACACCCCCAUUGAUCCGGACGUGGCAGGAGCUUCAAGAGAAGGUGCAGCUGCUGGAGGUGAGCGGGGGGAGGUGGGAAAUCUGUCCCUCCAUCUCUCUGUCUGUCCAUCCCCCUCUGACUCCCCCCACCCCCCAGGCCCUCGGUGAGAUCCAGAUCGCCAUCAAGCUGGCACACUUGGAGCUGCAUGGCCAGGAGCACCCGCUGGACCGAAGCUACCGCACGCUGGGCUGUGAGCUCCAACCCCUGGAGCGGGACUCUGCCCACUUCCAGGUGCUGGAGCGGUACCUGCUCUCCACCCAUGCGCCCACCCACCGUGACUACUCCAUGGAGCUGCUGGAGGCUUUCACCCUGCGCCGGGCCGGCGAGCCUCCCUUCCGCACCAGCCUGUCCAACCGGACGUUGCUGUGGCAUGGCUCCCGGCUGGGCAACUGGGUGGGGAUCCUGAGCCAGGGGCUGCGAGUGGCACCCCCUGAGGCCCCCGUCACCGGCUACAUGUUUGGGAAGGGCAUUUACUUCGCAGACAUGUCGUCCAAGAGCGCCAAUUACUGCUUCGCCUCACACCAGCGCGACGUGGGCCUGCUGCUGCUGUGCGAGGUGGCCCUGGGUGAGUGCCAGGAGCUGCUGGAGGCAAAUGCCGAGGCCGGGAAGCUGCCGCCCGGGAAGCACAGCACCAAGGGGCUGGGGAAGCUGGCACCCGCCCCCACCAAUAGCAUCAUGCUGGAUGGGGCUGCAGUGCCACUGGGCCCAGCUGUGGAGACGGGCGUGACGAACCCCCACGGCUACACCCUCAACUACAACGAGUUCGUCGUCUAUGACCCGGGCCAGGUGCGGAUGCGCUACCUGCUCCAAGUGCGCUUCAGCUUCGUCCCGCUGUGGUGACAGGCCGCCCGGUCGAGAGACACCCCCUUUCCCCCUCCGGGAUUCCUGUGGAAAUGUCCCUCUGGCUGCUUUCUACAGCAAUACAUUUGGUACCAGCCCUGA